AUGGCCAUUGAUCCUCUCCUCUCUGAGAAAUCAGAGGCCUUGGGAUCCAAAGAUCAAGCCCCCCUCCCAGACAACAUACAUAAACCAGAACGGGGUCUUGAUUCCCAAGCCGAAAAUGCCUCCGACUCCGACGUAGCAAGCCACGAAGACAAACCCAAGCUUUAUACUAGCGGCAAGCCCGAACUUACAGAGGAUGCAUGCUACGACAAACUCGGCUUUUGUUUUCCAGCAUGGAAGAAAUGGACAAUCUUAAGUGUGAUCUUCUUGGUUCAAAUGUCCAUGAACUUCAACACAGGCGUCUAUUCCAAUGCUGUGCCUGGCCUCACCAAAGAAUUCAACAUCAGCGAACAAGCCGCACGAGUCGGACAAUGUGUAUUCCUAGUCGCAUACGCAUUUGGAUGUGAGCUCUGGGCACCUUGGAGCGAAGAGUUCGGUCGCUGGCCCAUCAUGCAGCUCUCCCUAUUCCUAGUGAACAUUUGGCAAAUUCCAUGCGCUCUCGCCCCAAACUUCGGCACAAUCGUCGUAUGUCGUGUCUUGGGUGGACUCAGCUCGGCCGGCGGCUCGGUCACACUCGGCAUGACAGCCGAUAUGUGGGAAUCCGACGACCAAGGCUACGCCGUAGCCUUCGUGGUCCUCUCCUCCGUUGGUGGAUCAACCGUUGGGCCCUUCUUCGGCGGUAUGAUCGGUCAGUGGCUUGAUUGGCACUGGGUAUUUUGGAUCCAAUUGAUCGUCGGCGCAGCCACACAAGCAAUACACUUCUUCGUGGUCCCGGAGACCCGGGCAACGAUCCUCGUAGACCGCGAAGCCAAGCGUCGCCGUAAAGAGGGAGCUGAUAUCUGGGGGCCGAACGAGCUGAAGACACCCCGUCUAGACUUUCACGACGUUCUCCGAAUUUGGAGCCGUCCGUUCGAAAUGCUCCUCCGCGAACCAAUCGUCCUGUUCCUCUCCCUGCUCUCCGGUUUCUCCGACGCCCUGAUCUUCGUCUUCACCGAAUCCUUCUCGCUAGUCUUCGAACAAUGGUCCUUCAGCAUCCUCGCCAUAGGCCUAACUUUCGGCUCAAUCCUCAUCGGCUACAUCCUCGCCUACCUAAUUUUCCUACCAGACAUCCACCGACAGAUCCAAACGCGCCGCAAAUCCGGUGUAGCAAGCCGACUUGCAGAGCGUCGUCUCCUUCUCCUCCUCUUCAUCGCUCCCCUCGAACCAAUCGGCCUUCUAGGCUUCGCCUGGACAUCAACGGGUCCUCCAAUCCCGUGGGUCGCGCCUUGUAUCUUCGCCUGCCUGAUCGCAAUGGCAAAUUAUGCCAUUUACAUGGCGACAAUCGAUUACAUGGUCGCGGCUUACGGGCCGUACUCUGCGUCUGCAACGGGUGGUAAUGGGUUUGCGCGAGAUUUCCUCGCUGGUAUUGCGACGAUGUACUCCACGCCUAUGUACCAGAACAUGGGAUCGAAGUAUCACCUGCAGUGGGCGAGUACGCUGCUUGGCUGCGUGGGGUUCUUGGUUUUGAUCCCCAUUUAUGUGUUCUAUUGGAAGGGUCCGGAUAUCAGGGCCAAAAGUAAAUUUGCUCAGCAACUGGCUGCUGAUCGGGAGAGGAAUACUGAGAGUCGGAGAGCGAGUCAGGCGAGGGCUUCUGUUGGCGCUUAG